CAGCUACGUCUAUUCAAUAUCAUAUUCAAUUCAAUAUAUCCAACGAAAUUGUGGAGUGGCGAGAUGGGGCUCACGUGCACGUAACCUUAAAAACUUUUGUAACUUUUCCUUCCGUUCCAUGUCAAAGACACAACCAACCCAGCCAAAUCAAAAUCAAAUCAAAACUCUCUCUCAAAACUUACAUCACUCUCAAGCCUGUUAUUAGAAAGUCUGUGUCUCUUCCAGCAGUAAUCUGUCUAUUUCUAUUUUCUUUGUGAUAAUCUUAAUCUUGGUUCUAACCUUUUGUGUCCGACGUAGUGGGUCUUUAUCUUAUUACAGAUCUAGCACAAUAGAUCUAGAAAGCAAGCACUGUAGAUGAGAUUGUGGGCAUGUUGAUUUUGAUUGCUUAGUUUGGUGUGCUUUGCUGUUGCAGUAGAUGGAGGUUGAAUAUCAUGAGGAGUUUAUAAGGAAUUCCAGAGGAGUGCAGCUCUUUACUUGCAGAUGGUUGCCUUUUUCUUCUCCCAAGGCCCUUGUUUUCUUGUGCCAUGGUUAUGGUAUGGAAUGCAGUGAUUUCAUGAAAGGAUGUGGGACCAGGCUGGCGAGCUACGGGUACGCUGUGAUUGGAAUUGAUUAUGAAGGACAUGGGCGAUCCUUGGGUGCCCGUUGUUACAUCAAGAAGUUUGACAAUAUUGUCAAUGACUGCAGUAACUUCUUCAAGUCCAUUUGUGGGCAGGAAGAGUACAAGGAUAAAAGGAGGUUCUUGUAUGGAGAGUCAAUGGGAGGGGCAGUGGCUCUGCUAAUACACAAAAAGGAUCCUACUUUCUGGCAUGGUGCUAUUCUAGUUGCACCCAUGUGUAAGAUCUCAGAAAAGGUAAAGCCACAUCCAGUAGUUGUGAGUAUUCUGACGAGAGUAGAAGAAAUCAUACCCAAAUGGAAGAUAGUCCCUACAAAGGAUGUCAUUAACUCGGCCUUCAAGGACCCUGUUAAGCGAGAGGAGAUACGUAACAACAAGUUGAUAUACCAAGACAAGCCUCGGCUGAAAACAGCGCUCGAAAUGCUCAGAACUAGCUUAAACCUUGAGGACAGCUUAGGCGAGGUGACACUACCAUUCUUUGUUUUGCACGGGGAGGCGGACACCGUGACUGACCCGGAAGUGAGUAGAGCACUAUAUGAGCGGGCCAGCAGCGAGGACAAAACCAUAAAACUGUACGCGGGGAUGUGGCAUGGCUUGACGUCUGGGGAGCCAGAUAACAACAUUGAGAUAGUCUUCUCGGACAUAAUAGCUUGGCUUGACAAGCGAUCCAUAGAUGGUAGUAAAACACAAUCAGUUAACCAUUUUGAGCCUGCCGUUGUGAAAUUUACCGUCGAGGCUUCACCGGUGACAAUAGUAGAUAAACAGAAGCCGCAGCAGACACGAUCGCGCGGGAACUACCUCUGCGGGUGGAAGGGGCGUCGCAUGCAUCAUCACUCGGCAAUGUAGUCCAGACAUAGUUUUCUUGGUUUCUUCUGAAAUUGUCAAGUGAAUUAUGGAAGGGAUACAAAAUAAGAAGGGGGCUCUUCUUCAUGGGAGUUGAUACAUUUUGCAAGGCCAAAUUACUGGUUUGAAUUCAUCUCACAGCAAUGCCAAGCUGGUUCUUCCAAAUUACUGAGCAGAUAGAUGGUAGUAAUUGUCUGAGUGAGUGAGUGAUAAGGGUGGAGGUGUUCAAACAAUGCCUUUUAAAUAUUUUAUGAUACAAGGCAAACCUUACAAUAAGGUAACUCACUCUUGGACAAAGAUGAUUAAAUAAUUAUGACAAAAAUCUUGUAGUUUAUUGAAAUAAUAAAGUUGAAAAUUAGAAAUAUAUAUAUAAAAACAAAAUUAAAAAUGUUGUCGAUAGAAGUUUAAAGUAAUUGAUGUACUUCAUUAAGGUAACUAUUAUUGGAUAAAGGAGAUUUAUUCAUGUCAAAUAUUGUGUAUAUGAAAAAUAAAAAGAAUUCUCCUUCCGUCUCAUAUUAAUAA